AUGAGAAAAAAUAUUCCCAAAACUAGGAAUCAACCCUUCUGGAUUCCUUUCAAAAUUAAUGGAAUUCUAAGUAAAACAUCGACUGGAAUACGGUUCCAUUGGUCCUCAUGGAAAUGUGUUUACGCAUUUCUAUCACUGACUGGGCAGAUCUUCAUCACUAUUAUGUGUGUCGUCAAGGUCGCUAACUCCGAAACGACACUUAACCACCAA